CAGCUGUAACCAAGAUGAACUUCGAUAAUGAUUACCUGAAGAACAGUGCAAAUAUGAUGGGCCAAAUGUCAGAUGAGGACAUCAGGAGAGCUUCUAAUAUGAUGCCAGGGAUGGGAGCAGGUGGUAUGUCUCCAGAAAUGCUCAGAAAUGCGAGUAAUAUGAUGAGCGGGAUGAGUGAUGAACAGCUAAAUCAAAUGAAAAAUAUGGCACAAAAUUUUAAUGGAAUGCCAGGGAUGCCAAAUAUGAAUAAUCCUUUUGCAACUCCAUAUCAACAACCUACAGCUAGUACCAGUACUACUGUUAAGGAAGAUACUCCAUAUGCUAAUAAGGAUGACCAGAAGAAAUUUGAUAAUGUGACAGAACUAAAGAACAAGGCAAACACAUUAUUUAAAAAUAAGGAGCUGGAUAAAGCCUCUGAGAAAUAUUAUGAGGCCAUAAACAAAGUUAGAACCACAACAUCUUUAAAAGGGACUCCUCAGGCUGAUAAGCUUGAGAUGAACUGAAGACUUAAUCUUGCUUUAUGUAAGAUCAAGCAGGAAGAGUACGAUGUUGCCAUCGAUCAAUGAGAAAGAGUUCUUCUAGAAGAUAAUUCCAACCUAAAGGCUCUCUAUAGAAUCUCUCUAGGAUUGAAAAGCCAAAACAAUGGGCUAGAAGCUUGGUCUUACAUUAAGAGAGCUUACAAGAUUGACCCCAAUGACCAGAACAUCAAGAAGCUUCAUAGUGAGCUUAAGCCAAUCAAAGAUGAGUUUGAUGCAAAGUUUAAGAAAGAACAACAAGAGAAGCAAAAACCUCAAGAGCAAGAGCCCAAGAUGAAAACUCCUGAAGAGAAGAAAGCUGAAGAAGAGGGAAGUAAAGAGUCAGACCCGAAGAUUAAAAGAGCGAAGGUUCUAAAAUCAUCAAUGAAGUUCACUAAAGAUGAUGAAGAGGAACGUCCUAAAGAGUACGUUCAAAGUAAAACUCAUCAUGAAGAAGUCAAAAUUGAGGAAGAGAAAGUCCCAGAAGCUCAACCCCCUCAACAACAGGAAGAGGGGCCGUUUAACAGGUUCAAUAGAGAUGGCUUCAACAUGCCUCCAGGGAUGGCCCAAAAUAUGAGUGAUGAACAAAUAAACACAUCUAUUAACAUGAUGAAGCAAAAUCCAGAAAUGAUGAAAAACAUGAUGAAAUCCCAAGGAAUGAAUAUGGGAGAUGCCCAAAUGGAUGCAAUGAUGAAUAUGAUGAGCCCAGAGAUGUUUAAAAUGGCACAACAAAUGCAGCAAAAUGGAGCUAAUCCUCCAAAUAUGGGUUCCAAUAAUACCGAAAAUGCUGGCUUUCCUAAUAUGGGGACUGGAAUGCCUAAUAUGAGCGGACCACAAGGAGAACAGAUGCAAAAGAUGGCUAGCGAGAUGAUGAAUAAUCCAGAAAUGCUGAAAAAUAUGAUGAGUAUGUUCACAGAUGAUCCCAAUGGACCGAUGAUGCAGAUGCUAAAGCAGCAAUUCCCGAAUGCGAACCCUGCAAUGCUAGCUAGAUGAAUGAAGGUCUUAUCAUAUUUCGUUCUGAUGUAUGCUUACAUCAGGAAAGCAUGGAGCUACACCAUUGUGAAGUUAAUCUUCUUUGCCAUCUGAGUUUAUUUUGUGGCAUGGCUUAUUAAAUAGAUCAAUAUUACA